AUGAAUUCUCAGGUUGCAAACUUGGUGCUCGUUCUCGUAAUCAUACAAGUAUCCCGUAAAUUGGAUCUCGAAAAUCCCGAUGUUAUUACAUAUGUCCGUAUUGGUUAUGUCACAGUGCAAGCUUUGACAUUAUCACUUUGUUAUUUCAUUGCUACAAGAAUAAAGAAAAUAAAUGACACCACUGAAAUUAAGUACGUUGAACCAGCAAAACCUUUUACAAAUGAAUCGCCCCAAGUUGUGGAAACAACAGUUCGAGAUUAUGAUUUGGGAAAAACCAUGGACCUUUUCAAACAGACGUGCACGAGUGUUUUGAUUAUGUUGAUCAUACAUCUGUACUUUGGUUUCACUCAACCCCUUUUCAUCCAGUCCAUUUUACCGCUAAAAAGUGUUUAUCAGAACCAAAUGGUUCAAAUUCACUUGCUCGGAAAAAAAGCAGAAGGCGAAUUGAAUAGGCCAUUCAAGAACCCUUCGCCUUUUGGUUGGUUACUUGAAGCGCAGCAGCCUCAAACGGAUAAGGCCUCCAUCAAAAAGGCUUCAAAAGCUUCAAAAUCAAAGGAUGAUUAA